UCCUGGUUGAUCAGACAGACACUUUGAGGCAGUUCUCUGACAGUUUGAUGAUUUUCUGCAUCAGGAUCAAACUCAGAAUGAAUAUCCACCAGGUUCUGUUCUUCUGCUUCUUAUCAGAAGCAACGUUGGGGUUAAACACUCAAUUAAUCCGUACAGUAACUGAGGGUGAAAGUGUCACACAUGGAUGCUUUGCUACUGUCAAUGGAAGCAGAAAGUUCUUCUGUAAGGGUGAAUGUAAAAAAGAAGAAGACAUCCUGGUUGAAACAGCAGCGAACAGAGCUCAGAGUGGCAGAUACAGUAUUGAAUAUACAAAAGGAUCUGCAGUUGAAAUGUCUGUGAACAUCACACAGCUGAAGAAGUCGGACACAGGAUGGUACAUGUGUGGUUACGGCAGACCUUCGUCUCCAGAUUCAUCCUACUCAUUCUUGAUCUUUGUUAUAUAUGCCGUCUCUGAUGUCUCUCGUCCAGGUUACUUCUGGCCUCUGGUUGUGUGUGUUCCUGUGAUUGUUGUGCUGGUUGCUGUUGUUCUGCUGUUCGUCUACAAACUGAAGAUGAAGAAGACAUUUAGUUUGAACAUCAGAGAAACUUCUGACAGCAGAAACAAGGAGUUAUCUGUCCACUAUGAGAACCGUCCUACUGGCUCCAUGAGUGAAGACCACAUCUACUCUGCACUUAAAGAGACAGCAAACAUGUGAUGAUGUUUGGAUUUGGAUCUGGAUUCUGUACUGAGCAGGUUAACAUGUGCUGCAAGGUUCCAGUUUGUUCCACUUUAUUUCUUUAUUCUUUGUUUAAUCAGCAGAUAUUAACUAUAAACUUGCUAUUCUUCACUUCUAUGCUGAUGAUACACAUCUAUUAAUGUUUCUGAGAAUGA